AUGAGUAGCACUGAUACAAUCUGGAUGAAGGAAACAGCUGAUACAAUCUGGAUGAAGGAAACAGCUGAUACAAUGUGGAUGAAGGAAACAGCUGAUACAAUCUGGAUGAAGGAAACAGCUGAUACAAUCUGGAUGAAGGAAACAGCUGAUACAAUGUGGAUAAAGGAAAAAGCCAGAGUUUUUGGGAGCUUAGAUGACACAACAGUAUGGGUGACACAGGGGAGCUUAGAUGACACAACAUUAUGGGUGACACAGGGGAGCUUAGAUGACACAACAUUAUGGGUGACACAGGGGAGCUUAGAUGACACAACAGUUUGGGUGACACAGGGGAGCUUAGAUGACACAACAGUUUGGGUGACACAGGGGAGCUUGGAUGACACAACAUUAUGGGUGACACAGGGGAGCUUGGAUGACACAACAGUAUGGGUGACACAGGGGAGCUUAGAUGACACAACAGUAUGGGUGACACAGGGAGCUUAG